ACAGCAGCAGCAGCAGCAGGCCUGCAGAUCUCGGGAGUGUCGUGAAUGAGCUGAGCUGUGUAGGAGUGUAAAUUAGUAGUAAAAAAACAAUGGAUGCCAAUAAAACUGAGGUGGACAACAUUUGGGCGAUCUUGAAGGAGAUGGAGCCCGUUUGGACCACCACGGUUCUGCUCGUUCCAUGCUCUGUGGUGCUCACAGCCGGAUUCUUGUAUGUUUAUUCUUUGGUUUUGGGCCUGCUGUCCAAAAGUUCUAUGCGCAACAAGGUUGUGGUGAUCAGCGAUGCUUUGUCUUCACUCGGGAAUGAAUGUUCUGGCAUUUUCCACAAGGGCGGCGCCAGGUUGAUCCUGUGUGGAAAAAGCUGGGAGAAACUCCAGGAGCUUUCGGACGACUUACUGGACACCUCCGACCCGAGCGUGACAUUCCCUCCCAAGCUAGUGCUUCUCGAUUUUGGGAACACUGAGGCACUUCCUGAGGCCAUAAGGGAGAUUCUGGAGAGUUAUGGCUGCGUGGACGUGCUCAUCCUCAACAGCAGCAUGAAGCUCAAAGCUCCUGCGCACAUUUUGUCCCUGGAGAUGGACAAAAAACUAAUGGACAACAAUUACUUUGGUCCAGUCACACUGGCUAAAGGUCUGCUGCCCUCCAUGAUGUCCAGGCGCUCAGGUCACCUCGUGGUGGUCAACAGCAUUCAGGGAAAACUGGCUCUGCCCUUUCGCACCUCAUACGCUGCCUCCAAGCAUGCGAUACAAGCCUUCUUUGACUGCCUUCGUUCAGAAGUGGCGGGGUCGGGCAUCUCCGUCAGCACCAUCAACUUAACUUUCAUCAGCUCAGGCGCGUCUGGGAAGCAGAAAGACAUGACCUUCUUGUCAUAUUUGUACACAAAGAAGCCGCUUGGGAUUUCUCCACACGAGGCAGCCAGUGAGGUGGCAAAGACUUUGGCCAACAAGAGGAAGGAAGUUCUGAUGGUGUCCUCGCUCCCAAAGGUGGCGCUCUAUGCACGCUCCUUUUUCCCCAAUGUCUUCUUUGCUGUCAUGGCAGCAGGCGUGAAGGACACCACCAACACUAAAAUGUUUCGUGAAAUAAUGUCUGUGAGGGCGAAGUCCGAUCAGAUGGCUUACAUGCUGAGUUCUCGCUACUGGCUGCCGGUGGAACACGACCGACAGAACCGACGCUUCACCGUUUCUAGGACCAGCGGGACCGGAGUCAACGAGACUGCGGUACUCAACUACCGAUUCACGGCAGCCGACGAGGUGGAUCUUGUUUCCACCUUUGUACCAGAGGCUUGUAGGGGUCAAGGUGUGGCCGCACUCCUGUCAAAGGCCGCCAUUGACUUUGUGCUGGAGGAGAAGCUCAAGGCUCGUGUGUCUUGUUGGUACAUCAGGAAGUACAUGGAGGAACACCCUCACCACGAUUAUAAAGCUUUUCAAAUCAGAUGAAGCGGUGGAAAACUGGGGCCGAGCUGAGACAUAUAACAAUAAAAUUAAAGUUUUAUUUGAAUACAUUAAUAUAUGAGGAAAAUUAGUACGCAUAAAGUUAUCUAUUAUACCACAGUAGAUUCUUCAGUGCCUUUUGACAAUGUUUCUCUUGUAUGUACAAGUUUCCACAAAUCCCUAGAAGUCUUGUUAUAUAUUUCCAUCCAAGCCAUUUAUCCUCACAAGGAUCGCGGGAGUACCUGAGCCUAUCUCAACUAAUUUUGGGCGAAAAGUACCCUGAAUGCACCACACCCUGAACUGGUCACCCAUCAGUUGCAGGGCAGAUAUCAAAACAAUCACUGAGCAGGAAUCUAUCCCACGCUUCCCGCACCAAAGUCAGGCAUGUGUACCACUACGCCAUCUGUGACCUGUUUUUACAUAUUUUUAAAUAAAUACAUAAAUAAAUAAAUUUGGUGUGCAUUA